GGCAGAACUUGACCCUCCCGCGUCUUCUCCAGAGCGCAGAAGACGGCUGUGUCGUGGCAGACACCUGGCAUCUUUCUCCAGCUGCCCCCUCUCCCUCCCCCCGCGCUCUGGCGCCGGUGGUUGCAUCCGGACGUCCCGCCUCCCACGUUGGGGCAGGCGGGACCAGACUCCGCACAUCGCUGAAUCUCGCGGAACUCGGCAGCGCGGGCAUUCUGGCCGGCUAAUCUACACGUGCCUUGUCCCCACGCGUGCCAUGGCUCCUCGCGGGAGGAAGCGCAAGGCAGCUGAGGAGGAAGCCGAGAAGCCGGAGAAGCUGGCCCAGGGUGAUGAUGCGGGCUCGGGAGAGGCCCGCGUGGUCAUUGAGCACUGCCAGAGCUGACGCGUGUACGCGCGCCACGCCGAGGCCGUGGGUCAGGCGCUGCGACUGGCCCGCCCGGAGCUGCAGGUGCUGUUGAACCCCACCAAGCCCCGGCGGAGCAGCUUCGAAGUGACGCUGCAGCGCCCCGACGGCAGCCGGGUGGAGCUCUGGACCGGGAUUAAGAAGGGCCCUCCUCGAAAACUUAAAUUUCCUGAGCCGGGGCAGGUGGUGGAGGAGCUGAAGACCCAGCUGGCUUAGACGAGGCCCGAGCGGGGCUAACCACGACAGGGUUGUUCCCGGGGUAGGACGGAGCCAGGAAUACCCCGGCCCCCCCUUUCUUCCUCCCCCCUCCCUUUUCCUCUUGCUUGCAGCCCUGUGCCCUGGGGCAUUGGCAGCAUCCAUGACGGACCGUGACCAAAGCACCAGUCACGUUCCUGAAGCUACAGCUCCUUCCUCAGGGGCAGCUGCAGGGGCCCCCUCUCCCCCGCUUCCCAUGCUGUACAACGGCUAAUAAAGGUUGGGGUACCGCA